UCAGCUGUUCGUAUGUAGACGUCAACAAGUGUACUUCCCUUUUGACACUUCUAAGGAUUAAGCCCCAAAGGAAACCCCAAAGAUGCAUUCAGCAGGGAAAUCCAGCAUAGAGGAGCAGUUAGCACAGUAUAGACUCAGGAAGAAGAAGGAAGAGACACACAAAAGCGUUAAAAAGCGGUUCUGGGAGUUGAUAUGGUCAGCGAUGUCUGUUAUGAGGAGUAGUAGCACAGCUUCCGAGUCUGAGAGCAGUUCGAGUGCGGAUGAGCAACAACCCAAAGAGCAUUCCGAUGCGAAGGAAGUUCGCAAGAGAUUAACAGUCACGAGAGAGUCCUCCUCAGGCACCAGUGUAGAUCAUAGCGAUGCAGACAGUGCAGGAAACUCUUCACAACUGUCCUUUAGUUCUUACACAAAGCUGGACUGGAUUGCUUUAGGACUGAAAUGUGCCUUAUGGUUGAUUCUAGUCAAGAUCUUCAUAUUACUUGAAUUUGGAGCAGUGUUUUUUAUCUUCAGUGCCUUCGCUUUUAUAUGGUACAACAUGAGAUCCGAGCCCAAGAAAAAGGGGGAAAUUAGUGCCUACUCUGUCUUUAACCCCAACUGUGAGACAAUAGAUGGAACGCUGUCUGCAGAACAAUUUGAACGGGAAAUUUUACAUAAGAUGUAAACAGAGGCAAAUUGCAAGAUACGUUCCAAGAAAUUUAAAACAAACUAUUUUGUUGGAAGUGAAAUAUAUUUAUCCAUCUUUACUGUUAUUUUGAUUUCCAUUGCAUGUAUUUUAGGAUGAUAAAAACUUGGAUAAUUUUGUACAUCAGUUUUACAGAUAUUAGAAGAGGCACAGAGCUUGUUAUGAGCUCCAUUCCAGGAAUUCCAUAGUUAGUGUUUUGUUGGUAGUGAAAUAGCUCAUCACAUUUUCAGCCCUUGGAUCAUCACUUUAUAUUUUAGUUGAUUUAGGAUUUCAUUAAUGAAUAUAAAUUUACUUUACAUUUCACUUAUUGUUAUUUUACUGUGAGGUUUAUUUCACCAUACUCUGCUUUUGUUGUACUGUUUUCUGUCAAACUAUUGCAGAAUUAUGAUA